AUGCGCUUGCCGGAUUUUAUUGAAAGCGAAGAGAGAAGAAAUCGGACCUUUUAUCUUCGCCAAUGGCUCUCAGAACCUGAUGACGAUCCCGGCUUCCGGAUAGCGCUGUAUUCCACCGAGUUGUUGUUCGAGUUUGCCUCGGUACCGAUUGGUCUGGUUAUUGCAAUAUGCAUAUAUCGCACGCAGACUUUCCAUCCUAAUAUACGGUUAAUCAUGCUAAACGACAUCUUCAGUGGGGUUGUGGAGGUGAGUUAUUAGUCUGUCGGGAAAAUAGUGAGCACUGCGAAGGCAUUACUUUUCGUGAUACAAAAACCAAUUUGAUUUUCCCGCGACACGAUUCAUUUUCUCGGCGGCAAUGCGAUUUUCGAUGCGACAGAGUGUUCAUUAUUUUCCCGACAAACCGAUAUGUAUUAUGUAUUUGUCAACAGUAGAAGAAGAUCUGACAUAAAGCCACCGCUAUUUCAGAUGAUUUGCCGGUUCGCGGUUGUCGCAAAUUUCCUGUCAAAGAGCACCCUUUUAUCGGUAGCCACAAUCGACACCAUUCAAUAUUAUCGCCCGCUUUUCAUAUAUCAAGUGCAGUUCAGUUUCCUCAACUUGUUGUGGGAGCGAAUGCUAGCCGUCCGUUUCCCCGAAAGAUACGAGAAGGCCCCGAUUUCCAUUGGCAUCUGCAUAUUGAUCGUAUGGGUAAGAGUUCGCUAUGUUCUAAUAUAAUAUUACAUAUACGUGAUUGCUUAACCUAAAAAGCGAUGUUAACCCAAUGUUUUCAGUGGAUUUUCAUUGCGUUCCUUAUCUACGUCGUAUGUAAGUUCUGAUGGCGAGGAGUCUGACGCGUUAAAAUUUCAGCUCCGGUGAUAUCGGGUGCGCUCGGGUUCAUUGUUCACAUAUGCGUAAGUUUAGACACUUUUAUCAGUCUUCCGGGAAAAUAGUGACCGGUUGUCGCGCCUUGGAAUCGCCUAUUAUCGCGUUGCCUACGGCAUGCCGCAGUUAAACGUGGCUUUUCAAAUAAGCUCAGGCCCGGCCCAGUCGGCUGAAAGCCCUUGCUUUAAUAAAAUUGUGAUAAAUUUCUUUUGUUGAUCUGAAAAUUCAACUUGCUUGACAGCGUGGGCCCGAUUUUUUGCUGCGACGAUCCGCCACUACUUUCCCGACAGACUAAUAAAUCACCGUCCUUUUUCAAUUUCAGGCACUCGGAUUGACUCGACACUGGAUAAAGAUGCAAAGAGCAUACCCGAAAUCGACAGCCAACCUGUCGACCCGUUAUCAAAUCUCAGAGAAUAUCAAGACACUGCUGAUGUUCCGGUAUUGGGUCUACUUCUACGUUGCAAUGAGCGUUAUUGAGAAAAUCUUCUUGCUUUCUGCCUACAUCUGCUUUUUGAAGACCCAGAAGGGAAUUUGGCACGUUUUCUGCAACCUGUACGACCUCUCGCAUGCCUUCUACGUCUUUGCUUUUCCCGCUUUCCUCCUGUACGGGAGCUCGAGCUUGCGCCGGCACUUGGCCAACCUGUGCGGUCGGAGGAGUCGGAUGAUCCGAGCGUCCGAGAAGCAGGUUCGAAUCGAGAACAGUCGGUUGGUGAACAGUGAGGACAUGAACAGUCACUUCAGGCGGCUGCAAGAUUCUUGGGAGGGCCCUGUUCAACGGCAAAGACGGGUGUCGCUUCCAUUUUCACGCGGGAAAUCAUCGGUUUGAAACGUAUUUAUUUACUAGUCCGUCCGAAAAGUCGCCGGACAGAAAUCGGCGACAUGCACUCUGCGAAAAUGAAAGUUCACUUUGCACUGUGCAAUUUCAUGCCUUUUGCACCGUGCAAUAGGCUUUUUUGGGAUGUCGCUCGCACCCUGACUUUUUUCGCACAGUGCAAACCCCAAAAAUCAGUCCGCCGACUUUCCGGAAGGACUAGUAUUUUCUGUGAUGUUAGACGGAAUGAAAAAUGAGAUUUUUACAGCAUUUUGUUGGGGAUAUUUCUUGCAACUUCGAGACUAAACAAAAAUUGUUUUGUUGACUACUCUUAUCAAUCUGUGUUUACCCCAAGCUUACAUAUAAAGGUGGUCAUAUAAGCGUUUAAAAAUUUUUCCUCCCAAAUCGCGGUUUUCGGUGCACAAAAAAGUCGACGCCCACAUCGAAAAAUUGGCGUCAACUUAAGACCCCGAUUUUUAACUCGGCACCCAAUUCCAAAAAUUUUAAAGUGUGCACCAAAUUAAGGAAUUCGGUGUUGACUUAAGGCUUCGGUGCAGAGUUAGCUUUUUGGGGGAACAGUUGACCCAUUUUAUAUCGGUCUGUCGGGAAAAUAACGGCGGAUCGUCGCGCCUCGGAAUCGCCCAUCAUCGCUCUGCGACUGCAAGCCGCGGCUUGGGAUUUGGUGCGCGAUAGCGGCGAGGCGAGACAUUUUGAUACGACGAUCCGCCGUUAUUUUUCCGACAGACUGAUAUUCCUGCUCGAGAAGUUUUUUGUUUUUCGCCAAUGUUCAAGGUAUUAUACAUUUUCUGAAUGAAGACAACAUGGAAUUUGUCCAAAAAAAGAAUUUUUACCAAGAGCAGGCUGUCCCGUCCGAUUUUAUGUCUACAUAGAUUGCCCGUUUCUUUUCCGAUAGCCAACCAAAUGUUGGUAUUUUGUGACGGUUGUUGUGCCAAAGGUAGAAUAGGCUUUUAGCUAUAUUGCAAUAUAAAUUUCGAACCAAAGACAAUUCCCUUUCGCUUCAGCGACCCGAUCGGCGCAGCAACAAUGUGCUCGUUAUUCUUUUUUUAGUGCAUGGACACUGUCUCAAAAAAAUGAAUUGUGUCAUGGCAAAAUCAAAUUGCUUCAGGGUUCGGCGACGUGAUCGACGCAGUGACAUUGUGCUGUUUACUUUCCCGACAUGACUGAUAGCUGUUUACAGAUAUAACGCAACCUUGUGCCAUUUAUUGAACCCGCUUCUCUAGUUGUUUUCCUUUUCGUGCCAAAUGUGGUCCGCACUUUGACCGUAGAACGUGCCCAAAAAUUUUUUUCCUCAUAUUCCUCCCGAAAACUGUAGAGAAGUUUCGCGCAUAUGAGAACUUUGUGUUUACACCUGCAUUGAAUAAAAAAUCAAACAACGAGUGCAGAAGCGAGCUUGCUCAAUUUGGCCUUAAUCGGGUUUGCUGACGUUCGCCCGAUGCCCUUACCGGAAUUUUUUCUAACCGAGGAACGGAGAAAUCAUACCUAUUAUUUUCGACAAUGGCUCUCGGAACCGGACGACGAUCCCGGCUUCCGAAUAGCGCUGUAUUCCACUGAGUUGUUGCUCGAGUUUGCCUCGGUACCGAUUAGUCUGAUUAUUGCGAUAUGCAUCUAUCGGACGCAGACCUUCCAUCCCAACAUACGGCUGAUCAUGUUGAACGACAUAUUCAGUGGGGUCGUGGAGGUAAGCUGCCAGCCUGUCGGGAAAAUAAUUAUUUUCCCGACAGAGUGAUAUACAGGGUGCGGCAAUUUUUCGGCCGGAUUUUAAUUGGCCAUAACUUUUUUAGUUUUUAUCCGAAUGUUAAAAUUCUUUUUUUCCCUGAAUCAAUAGACAACCCCAUUUUGUUUAAUACCAAAUAUGUUAUACCCGUUCAUUAGACUACAGUAAAAAUUCGAGACAAAGAAAAAGCUCUAAUUUUCAUAGCUGACAAUGGAAUUACCCCUAGUGCGACUCUCAGAUUUACUUUAAAUUUUGCACAUGGGCCAGACAUAAGCCGCACAUCAAUUCCUGAAAGUUUCAGCCCGCACCUUUCAGGGGCGACCAAGAUAUUCAACGAUUCUUUGCGGUCAGGAGGGCACAUGAGUGGUCACACAGAAAAACUUUUUGGCUAUAUAUUCGCUAGUUUUCUGCGGAGAUAGCUGAUUUUUUGUGGAAACGGUAUUCUCCAUGGCAUGAACAGGCAUGAAACUUUUUACGACAAAAUUCGUAAAAAAAGUCAUUUUUUCUGGCGAUUUUCACACAUGCCGAAAAAGCAGAGAAAACGACCGAAAUGCCAAUAACUAUGAACUAGGUCCCUGUAUAUGUAACAUAUUUGGUAUUAAACAAAAUGGGGUUGUCUGAGGAUUCAGGGAAAAAAAGAAUUUUAUCAUUCGGAUAAAAACUAAAAAAGUUAUAGCCAAUUCAAAUCCGGCCGAAAAAUUGCCGCACCCUGUACACAUAUCUGUAAACAGUAGACGGAUAUCUUACUAUGCAUAAGGCCACUGCAAUUCUAGAUGAUUUGCCGGUUCGUGGUUGUCACGAAUGUCCUGUCAAAGAGCACCCUGCUAUCGGUAGCCACGAUCGACACCAUUCAAUUUUACCGGCCGCUUUUCAUAAUUCAGGUACAACUCAGUUUCCUCAACUUGUUGUGGGAGCGAAUGCUAGCCGUCCGUUUCCCUGAAAGAUACGAGAAGGCGCCGAUCUCCAUCGGCAUAAGCAUAUUGGUGGUAUGGGUAAGGCUCUGUUCUACUUGUGAACGCUUAACUUAAAAAGCGAUGUUAACCCAAUAAUGUUUUCAGUGGAUUUUCAUUGCGUUCCUGCUCUACGUCGUAUGUAAGUCCUAAUGACGAGGCGAGCUGAUGCGUUCAAAUUUCAGCGCCGGUAGUGUCGAGUAUCGCCGGGUUCAUUAUUCACCUAUGCGUAAGUUUAGCCACCUUUAUCAGUCUGUCGGGGAAAUAAUGGGAUCAGCCAUCAUCGCGACGACUCGCCUAAGCUAGAGCUGGCUACCUGCCGGUACCGGGGGCUUAUCAAAAUUACCUCAGUUCGGCCGGGUGAGAGCAUCCGAUUGCCACGUGUCGGCAAAGCGCGAGCUAAAACGUUCACUAAUUAUAUGUGUCCCAUGCCUAGCGCAUGUGUAAAGUUUAUGGAAAAUCUGAACGUCGCACUAGAAAGCCUUCACUUGGAAAUCACCCUCCCUUCUCAAUUUCAGGCACUCGGAUUAACCCGGCACUGGAUAAAGAUGCAAAAAGCGUAUCCCACAUCGACAGCCAACCUGUCAACUCGUUAUCAAAUCUCGGAGAACAUUAAGACACUGUUCAUGUUCCGGUAUUGGGUCUACUUUUACGUUGCAAUGAGCGUUGUUGAGAAAACUUUCCUAGUUUUUGCCUACAUCUCCUUUAAGAAGACGCAGAAGUCGAGUUGGCGAGCUUUCUGCAACAUGUACGAUCUUUCGCAUGCGUUCUACGUCUUCGCGUUCCCCGCGUUCCUACUGUACGGGAGCCCGAGCCUGCGCCGGCACUUGGCCAACCUGUGCCGUCGGAGGAGUCGGAUGAUCCGAGCGUCCGAACACCAGGUUCGAAUCGAGAACAGUCGAGUCGUGAACAGUGAGGACAUGAAUAGUCACUUCAGGCGGUUGCAAGAAUCUUGGGAGGGCCCUGUUCAACGACAGGGAAGGGUGUCGUUUCCAUUCCCAUGCGGGAAAUCACCGGUUUGAAACGUUUUUAUAUUUUCUGCAAUAUUCGGCGGAAUGAAGAAUGAGUCUUAAUUUUUUGGGAUGUUUCUUACAACUUCGAGGCUAAACAAAAAUUAUUUUGUUGAGUACUCUUUUCAAUAUGUAUUUACCCCAAGCUUACAUGUAGAAAAGGAUCGUAGGAAAUGGUUUUUAUGGUCUUCAUGUAUUAGAGGUGGCAAUCGGGCCGGGCCGGGCCGAUUUUUGCGGCCCGGCCCGUGGGCCGAAGUGACCAGGCCGGCCCAGGGCUUUUUCAAAUUUGCUCAGGCCCGGCCCGGCCCGGUGAAAGCCCAGGCCGGCCCGGCCCGGCCCUGUUUGGCCCGCUAA